AUGCCAUUUAUUGAAGACGAGUGGUGGUCAGCGGAAAAUGAGGGAAGAAUGGUCGAUCUCUCCAAUUGUUUGCAGGAGGCGGUAGCAAACGGCCAAACGACAGCUCAAAUGCAAAUUCAAAUGGCGACAUCUCUUGGCGAGUUGUCCCAGGCAGAGCUGUCAAACUUCGUCGGAGGACUAACUUUAGAGGCUGACUCGUCAGAGGCCGCAGAUCCUGAUGACAUCCUCAAACAGCUGGGGGAAACUGCUUUUGACAAUUUUGAUACGUUUUUUACCGAUUUGACAAAUGCAACUGCUUCCGCUGUACCACCUAUAGAGAUUAAGCAAGAAGAAAACAACAACAUUUCGCCAGCAUCCGGGAGCCAAUUACAAGGCUCAUAUUAUCAACAAACUAACCAGCUUAUCUUGCCAAAUAAUGGCCAGCAAAGACUACAACAGCUGCUAAGAUCAGGGACCAGUGCCAUUAACAGCGCUGUGACGAAUACCAUUAACAAUGGCAGAUAUAAUAUCGCGUCAGCAAAUCCCCUACUCGCUGAGAAAUUAGCAGCGACAUCUAGUGGCAUAAAACAAGAACCGGGAACUAUUGGUUCAGAAUACAACGGGACGAGUAUGAACUACGGAAGCGCGUCGCCAAUGCAGCGGGUACCAAGCGGGAAACCUCAAGUGCACGAUGCAGGUGGAGGUAAAGGUGAGCUUUAA